AUGUUGGUUCACGUGGUGCAACUGGUUCACGUGGUGCAACUGGUUCACCUGGUGCAACUGGUUCAAUUGGUGCAACUGGUUCACCUGGUGCAACUGGUUCAACUGGUGCAACUGGUUCACCUGGUGCAACUGGUUCACCUGGUGCAACUGGUUCAACUGGUGCAACUGGUUCGCCUGGUGCAACUGGUUCACGUGGUGCAACUGGUUCACCUGGUGCAACUGGUUCACCUGGUGCAACUGGUUCGCCUGGUGCAACUGGUUCACGUGGUGCAACUGGUUCACCUGUUGCAACUGGUUCACGUGGUGCAACUGGUUCACCUGGUGCAACUGGUUCAACUAGUGCAACUGGUUCACCUGGUGCAACUGGUGCAACUGGUUCACCUGGUGCAACUGGUUCACCUGGAUCAACUGGUUCACGUGGCGCAACUGGUUCACCUGGUGCAACUGGUUCACGUGGUGCAACUGGUUCACCUGGUGCAAUUGGUUCACGUGGUGCAACUGGUUCACCUGGUGCAACUGGUUCACCUGGUGCAACUGGUUCACGUGGUGCAACUGGUUCACGUGGUGCAACUGGUUCACCUGGUGCAACUGGUUCACGUGGUGCAACUGGUUCACCUGGUGCAACUGGUUCACGUGGUGCAACUGGUUCACCUGGUGCAACUGGUUCACUGGUGCACCAUGUGCAGGCCGAGGGAAACAGAAAACCCAAUUGAUCGAUGUGGCAGGCCACUGAUUUGCUCAGGUGUCAGGCUAUUUUUAGAAACACUACGUCACGGGCUUGAAAUAGGAAAAAAUGGGACAUUAGGUCAUUGA